AUGUUUAAGGAGGACAACUUGCUAAGGUCGAAGUGGUGGUUCUUCAGAUUGAGUUUGUUGGGUAGGAGAAGUAUUUAUGAAGCAGAUGGUGGCAAAGGCGCGAAAAGCUACCCGCAGAGAGCAAUCAAUCUAAGAAAGAUUCAAAGAAUCUUCAAAGCAGGUUUACGCAAACGAAAAUCAGAAUUCCCAGCCUCAGGAGAUUGUUAUUACUGGAAGGGUUACAAGCAGGGCCAUUUUUAUAAGCAUGGAGAAGGAGUAAGGUUAUCGCCACGAGUUCCAAGUCUGUUCAGGUGGUUGGACAAAGCAGCGAUAGGCAGAGCAGAAGGUACUGAUGAAGAAGUUGGUGAGAAAAGUGGGAUAUAUCGUGAUAUACACGUAGAAGUGUUUAGGUUACGUGAACAACCUUGUGAAGAUAAAGAAGAGAAUGAAGAGAUUGAGGAUGACACAUAUUGUGAUGUUUAG